GAGUCCCAGACUGAAACGGCGAGACUGAAAUGCCUAUUUCGCUGAAUAACUUUUUCCCUUUUUGUUUUUCCUGUUUUUUUAUCUAUUUUUAUUUUUUUUGCCAGAGUUGUAAUAGUGCAAAGUAUACAGGGUUGGUCCAAAAGAUCGGAAGGUUUCAAAAUCGGGUGUAAAAAAUCCCAGAAUGUCAAACCUCCAAAAAUCAAAAUUUCUUUUUGAUGACUCACCGAUCACUUAUUUUCUUUUAAUGUUGAUCUUCUGGAUAUGAUAUUAUUUGUUGUUUACUCCCUCCAAAGUAAACAACUCAAUAUAUUUUUGUUCUCUCUUAUUUUAACAAACUCCCUCUCACUUCCUCCUUAUUUUUAUUUUUUUAUCAGCAGAAAAGUAACCUCUCCUCCCCUCUUUUCCCCUUCUUUAUAGAUUAAUAUAAAAAUGUUUUCUCAUACAUUGCUGAGCAAUCAUUUCCAAAUAUUUUCAUUAUUACGCAGUUCUUUUAAAAAUAUAAAUUUUAAUCAAAUUUCUUGUGCUAGCACAAAUACUGAAAAAAUGGCGACCAACACAAUUUAUAAUUUUGUGGCUAAAGAUAUUGACGAAAAAGAUGUUAAAAUGGGAGAUGUUUACAAGGGACGAGUUGUCUUAAUUGUUAAUGUGGCUUCCGAAUGUGGAUUUACCAAGACCAAUUAUCCACAGAUGAAGGUUCUGCUUGAAAAGUAUAAGGAUAAGGGACUUUCUAUUGCUUGUUUUCCAUGCAAUCAGUUUAAUAGCCAAGAGCCGGGAACUAAUCAAGAAAUAAAGAAAUUUAUUAAUGAGAAGUUCAAUUUCUUUCCUGAUUUGUAUGCAAAGAUUGAUGUGAAUGGGAAAAAUGCUCAUCCACUUUGGGAGUUUUUGAAGCAUGAGCAGCAUGGUACUCUGAUUGACGCAAUUAAGUGGAAUUUCACUAAAUUUUUGGUAAACAAGCAAGGAAUUCCAGUUAGUCGACAUGCACCGACUGAUGAACCGGAAAAGUUGGAGCCGGAGAUUAAGAAACUUUUGGAAGAAUAA